UAUAUCUCUCAAUAUAUUUCUUAGCUAUUUUAUUGAAAUGGUUUCCCAAAUGUUCUUGAUUUUCUUAGCAAUUUCAGUUUCCGUCGUAUGUGCGGGUAGAACAUUGGGGCCAUCUCCCCACAAUACGCUAAUGAAGAUUUAUGUUGUCCAUGUUGAUUUUGGAUCGUAUCAUGGUGACUGUAAGCAAUACCAACAACUUCUCAAGAAGGUGGUUCACGGAAGGUCACCAGAAGAUGCUUUUGUAUAUUGCUACAAGGAAGUCAUGAGUGGGUUUGCAGCAGAACUCACCCAUGAAGAGGCUGAGAAAUUAAAAGGUGAGCAAGGGAUUAAUGGUAUAGAUGAAGAAAUUAUAUACUCCAUAGACGUCGAACCCUCUAGCCGUCAUAGUCGAAUUAUUCCUUGCGUAAGAGUAGCGUAUACCAAUUAA